AAUUUUAUUUUGAUCAAGAAAUUGCAGAAGACACAAUCUUGAAUAGGAGAAGGAAGGAGAGGGAGAGAGAGAGAGAGAGAUGUUACAGUACCCGGCGUUCAUGACUCAGUACCCAUGGUCGACGACGAUGAUUCCGACGUCGUUUCUGCUGCCAGCUCAGUGGCCUCAGCCCCAAAACGACGAGCUCCUCCUCGCCAAGGAAGAGUCCGAUUUCGAAGACAAGUGCAAUGAAAUCAGAAUGACAAAUAGCAACUUAAUUGUGAUUGGGAGGACAACGGUUGAUAUCGAUAAAGAGGACUAUGACAAUGGUGCAGAUGAUGAUGAAGCUGACAAUGCAGAGGAGUCUGAAGGUGAUGAAUUUGAGCAGGAAACUGGUUAAUUGCUUCAUUAUUCCAUGCAGUACCUUUAUUGAUUUUGUUUGUUAGUUUUGUUUAAUAAACAAAAACAAAACCAAAGCGAGUUAUAUUACUUUGAGGCAUUGAGUUUAAUGUCACACGCCUAACUACCUUCGUGUUCGCCUAUAUGUAUCUACAUGACUAAGGGCUUGUUUGGCAUAUGCUUUUUUAAUAGUUUUUUUACUUUCUU